AUGCCAUACGAAAAUAUGACACACGACGAUUCUACAUCUCCCUCCUUGGGCGGCUUCGGCAGCCCUCAAGAAGACGAUGUCAUUAGCCUCGGCUCCAGUGGUUCUCCUUCUUCUUCCGCCUCCGCCGAAACCGCCGAUCGCCCUACCCCCAACCCAUCUUCAUUCGAGGAAGCUUACAGCGGGGCAGAGGAGUAUCGCUACAAGCCCAACAAUAGCGCCCUUCCGUCGUCGAUGAGAAAGAAAGACGAAACCUUCCAUGAGAAAGCUGCAGCGGGAGCUUCCAAGGUCCCUAUCACCGGAGUGGAUGCCAAGGGAAACGACCAGGCGAAGGAUGAUCAGGCGCGCGGCAAGCAGUCUGAAUUCACGGCUAUCCUGCAUGAGAUAAUGCUCAACCGAGAGGCCGACAAGUAUGAAAACGCGAGACUCCAUUUGGCCUUGGGACAGCAGAGCAAGCGACUCGAAGACGUUUCCAACAAGCUACUCCAGCAGGAGGCCAACCACCAAAAGCUCACAGAGGGACUGUUCAACCGCUUCGCGCAGCUCGAAGCUACUUUGGCCAAUCUCUCCAACUUGCACAAGCAAGAGGUCGGCAGAAACCAAGAGUUCACCGAUGGGCUGGUCAACCGCGUCGCGCAGCUCGAGACUACCCUCGCCAAUUUCAUGCUCCAGAAGAGCCCACCCGACAUCCAUGUCGACGUCCACAUGCCGCCGCAGCAAGCUUCCAGCACCCCCGCCGGCUACACCCCUCCUCUACCUUCGCCUCACGAUGAGGGUAGCUCUGAUGGUGGUCCUCAGUCCUCUUUGUUUCUGGAACAGAGCCUGGAUUGGACCGCCGGCUUUCUGGUGUAUAUUCCAGACCAAUAUUCUUACAAGGCCGAUAUUAUGAGAACCUUCAGAGAAGCGAAGAGCAUGAGUCAAAGCAAUCCAUCUGCCUGUCGCGGGAAGAUUUGUGAGCUGGGCGGCCAUCUGGAGGCUUUUGCCGCAAACCGAAGACACGGUGCGUGGGAGGAGGAUGUCGCGAUGAAGGCGGUGAAAACUCUCAGGAGGGCACUAUGA